AUGGCCCCGGGGCGGCUCCCGGGCUGCCGCGUCCGCGCGCUCCUCGCGCUGCUGCUUUCGCCGCUGCUGCCGCGGGGGACGUCCGGUACCACUUGCCCACCCCCCAUAUCUGUUGACUAUGCAGACAUCCAGGUCAAGAGUUACGAGGAGAACUCCAGAGAGAGGUAUGUUUGUAAUUUGGGUUUCAAGAGGAAAGCCGGCACAUCCAGCCUGACUCAGUGUGUCCUUAACAAGACCACGAACACGGCCCACUGGACGACGCCCAAUCUCAAGUGCAUCAGAGACCCCUCUCUGGCUCAUCAAAGACCACUGCCGCCUUUGACAGGGCUGACAACAAGAGUGACCCCGCAGACCCAGAGCUCCUCCCCUCCUGGAAAAGGGCCAGCAGUGUUACCUCCCAGGCCAGACCCCACAGUGGCCACAGAGACUGCUGUUGUACCAGACUCCCGGCUGACACCGUCCCCGUCACCCGUCACAGGAGUAAACAGUCACCCGUCCUCCCCAACGCGGACGAGAGCACGGAGCCCGGAGCUCACGGCCUCCCCGGCCCUCAAGGCGCCAGGUGCUCAUCCACACGGCUCCGGAAGGACCACUGUUGUCAUUUCCACAUCUGUCAUCGCAGUGCUUUGUGGAAUGUGUGCUGUGUCUUUCCUGGCCUGGUACUUGAAGUCCAGGUGCACCUCCCGGUCACGAGGCCUGGAGAUGGACGCCGCGGAAGCGAUGCCAAUGACUGCAAGGACAGGCGGCAGAGAGGAAGACAUGGGCACCUAUGCACGCAAGCUCUGAAACCCAGGAAAACAGCCCGGCUAACUGUGGAGUGAAGGAUAGCUCAAGAGGACCUGGAAGAGACACGAGGAGCUUGGCACUGGGGGAAAUGCCCUCCGUGAUAACCAAAGGUCCCUGGGAACCUCCCGUGUGGGCACAUCAGCUCUCCAGCACCCAGAGAGGGCACCACCUACCUGGGUGAACCCAGUGCAGAGGCUUGCUUGCUAAAGUGCAAGAGAUUCCCGUUCUCUCGGGGAGGCGGAUGGCUUCUACUAAGGCCUCUGACUUGACUCAGAACAGCUUAUCUUCCCGCCGGCUCAGGCCCUCAUCCUGACUGGAAGUUGAUGGAGAAGAGUAACAUGGGGCCCCCACUUAAUUUCAGGGUCCCCCUGACUGGAAGAAGUCCACAGGAAAGACGCCAGCACUUGAGCUCCUCCAAACUUGGCGUCUGUCUGGAAGCACAGCCGAGAAAAACAGAAGAAACAUUGAGCCAAUGAAUCCUUCUGCUUUAAGGACUCAGCAAACCCCCUGAACUCAGUGACCUUGUACGUGUAUGCGCAUUUGUAUUUAUAGUCCUCUGUUUGUUAUCUCGAUGUAUUGUAUGUGACUUGUAUUUUGAA